UGUGUGUGUGUGUGUGUGUGUGUCAGUUUGUGGGUGUUGUGUGGUACACAGUUUUCCUAUGUGAUUCAAAUACCAUAGAGAGGCAAAUAGAUUUUGCAGCAGAAGAGAUGAAGCUUGUUCCACUGCACACACUCGUCCUGCUCAGUGUGUUCCUCCACUCUGGCUCCUUUUCAGAUUGUGAUGGCCAGUUUGAACCCCUGUUUGUGCAAGUUGGGGAAAAUGCCACCAUCAAUUGCAGCAUCCCAGACCCAGAUCAGGACGGAGUUUACUUUUACAGACAGCGAGAGAACACAGAGUCGCUGUUCUACUAUUUCAAAGACGGAACCUUGACUCCUGUGGAAUCCGUAAAAGGCCGAGUGGAGACGAACAAGAACUUGAGAGAUUUCUCAGUGUCCAUCAGCAACGUGAGCGAGAAUGACAGCGGAGUUUACUGGUGCAAAUUUAACAAACUUGACUCAUAUAACAACAGUCCGAGGACGUGUCUGAUAAUUCAGUCAGGAAACAAUAUUUUCAAUAAGAAAAUAUGCAGAACGGAAAGUGAAUGUAACUGCUUUAUGAACUGGAUUGUGAUUGCUGUGCUGUCACUCAUCGUUGUGGUCCUGGCGGGUUUACUGGUGAAACUGUGUUGUGAUCGUGGACAGUACACCCCGAAGCAGCAUCCAUCUAACGGUGUGUAUGAGGUCAUGCGUGGCAACACCGCGAGGGCACUCAAUAACCCGGCGUACGAGUCCAGCCAGAGACGCACACAUUCUGAUUUAAGCUGAUAGAUAGUCUGACUGCUGUAGGGAUGAAGGACCUGUGGUAGCGCUCCUUCUUACACUGAGGGUGCAGCAGUCUGCUGCUGAAGGAGCUGCUCAGGGACCCCAAUGUCUCAUACAGGGGGUUAGAGGAAUCGCCCAUGAUUGACGACAGCUUAGCUAACAUCCUCCUCUCCCCCACCAGCUCUAUGCUGUCCAGAGGGUACACCAGGAAUUUAAAAUCUUACAUAUUAAUACAGGUUUUUAAAUCUCAAUUUACCCACAUUCACUCACAGGACUGAACUGAACUGUGGAUUAUAGCAACUUCUACUGUUGUUGAAUAUAGAUGUGGCCCGUUUUUUUGUUUUGUUUUUUGAGACUCGGUAACUAAUUAAACUCAAAUUAAAUAAUUGGUUAAACGUUACUAGCUACAUACACUCACUCACACAUGCACCAUCUAUCCUACUUCCUUCAAAGCUUUAUUUCUCUUUAUAAUGUCUCCUUAUGACAGGAGAAGAAACCACGGUUAUCAUAUUCCCCUCACGUUUGCGGGCCCUAAUUGCAUUUAGGAACUGAAGUUGUGAGCGGGGAAGUGAAGAAAUGUCAGACUACACGCGCCGUCGAGUUGGUUCCCGGGAAUCGUUUGGAUUUGUUGCUUCUUUAUUGCGUCUUAAGGAAUUUACAUAGAAUUAAGAAAACCUCGGUUUGAAUGUCACUGAAAUCACGGCUCCAUGACAUGUAUGUAUGUGGAAAAUAAAUGUUGGACUGUCACUUUGAUGCUUGCUAGUGUGAAUGCAGGGUUAUGCAGGCUUAGCAAACAUUCUUUAUCAUCUCCAUCUAAAUCACAUCCUCAUGCUAGUGUACAAAUAGAGAGGAAUUAUUAGCACAGCAAGAUAAACACACAAGUCAAGUUUCUUCAUUUGAUUUUAAUAUUAUUGGUAAUUAUUGUUUGUUGAAGAGGAAGUCAGUGUUUGUGCAUGUUUACUCUAGCCAAACACAUUGCACCUUUAUUUAAAGGAGUCGACUUAUGAGUCAUAAACAUGUGUGAAAUGAUGCAUGAUCUUCAGACAUCAUUUCCAUGAGAGUGAAGAGAUGCGUGUUACUUCACAUGUUUCUGAAAGUGAGAAGUGGUUUGAAAGACUCUCUGUGGCUUCAAAGGUUUGAGAUCAUUUCCUGUUUGUCGAAGACUGUAUCUACCAGUUUUUUCUCGGUCCUGUCCGACUUUAAAGGAAAACCGUUUCCAUUUACAUACUUUGUACACACUGGUAGUAAAAUACUGAGUGAAGGAGUUACUGUUACCUCCUUCAAGUUGAUUAUUUUCUUAAAAAAGCACAUCCAGCUAUUGCCCAACAAUUCCAAAAUUUGUUACAGAACUGUGUCAUACUUUUUAAAAACCCAUUUACAGUUACAUUUAAUGUUGUGCAAAGUUGGCAAGACAAGUUAGUUACUGUUCUCACUAAUAUUAAACAUCGUUCCUAUACCUAGUUUCCUCUGUCUAGAAGUUAAUAAGACAAAAAGAGAGAACAAAGAAAUAAAGACAGAUAGAGAGAGAAGCAAACAAAGCAAAAGAUAACAAAAACAAAUAUUUUUUUAAA